AUGAAGGAUCUUGAAAAAAUUGCUCCGAAACAAAAAGGAAUCGUCCCGCAAUCAGUGAAAGAAAUAACGCAAUUACUCGUUGAUGAAGGUUUGGUCGAGUGUGAAAAAAUUGGUACUUUCGUUUGCUAUUGGGCAUUUCCGUCGCAAGCAACGAUUAUACGCAAGAAACAGUUACAAGAAUUAGAUGAAAGGAUUUUGAAUCUGGAAGCAAAAUUAGAAGAAGUAAAAGCUGAUAUUGUUGCGGCAAAGAAAGGAAAGGAAGAAACUGAAGAACGCAAAAAGUUACAAUUACAAAUUAAUGAACUACAAACGAAGCAUGAAUUACUGACUAAAAAAUUGGAAAAAAUAAGUGAAGAAGGUCCUGAAGCUAUUGCUCGUCUUGAAAGUGAGACCGCGAAGGCUCGUGAUGAUGCAAAUCGUUGGACCGACAAUAUAUUUGCGGCGAAGAAAUGGUGCAAAAGGAAUUUUAACAUAGAUGAAAAAACAUUGAAUGCGCAAUUUGAAAUACCGCCAGAGCUUGAUUAUGUGGAAUGA